GGGCCUGCAUAAACCCCUCAGAAAGCAGGAAGUUGUGCGUCUGUCCUUAACAACCUCUCUCUAGACCCGGUCCUUGCUCAACAGCCAUUAGCAGACACACCCACCCUCCACCACUCCUCCAGUCCUACCGUAGGCUUUCCCACUUCCACUCCUCCGUUCGUGUUGACUGGCCAGAGUCCACGAAUACACUAUUUUGCACUCCGACACCAACUCGACGCCACUAUACUUAAGCAACACAUCUGUAAACCGCCACAGUCCCACAUUCCAGCAGCUCCCGGCCCGGACAUGUCGCUGCACAGCUUCGGCCUGGAGCCUCUCUCCUGCCACGCCUGGAACAAGGACCGGACCCAGUUGGCUGUGAGCCCUAACAACAAUGUGGUGAACGUCUAUGAAAAAAACGGCAAAGAAUGGGUGAAGAUCCACGAGCUAAGCGAGCAUAGCGGGCGUAUCACAGGUAUUGACUGGGCCCCAGAGUCCAACCGUAUUGUAACAUGCGCGGCCGAUCGCAAUGCCUACGUGUGGACUUUAAAGGACGGCGUGUGGAAGCCCACCCUGGUCCUGGUGCGCAUCAACCGCGCCGCCACCUGUGUGAAGUGGUCCCCCCUGGAGAACAAGUUUGCUUUGGGCAGCGGAGCUCGGCUCAUCUCGGUGUGGCUGAGUAAGCAUAUAAAGAAGCCAGUUAAGUCCACAGUCUUGAGUCUGGAUUGGCAUCCCAACAACAUCCUGCUGGCUGCUGGGUCUGCAGACUUUCACUGCAGGAUUUUCUCAGCCUACAUCAAGGACAUCGAGGACAGGCCUGGCCCUACAGCCUGGGGGGCCAAGAUGCCCUUUGGGGAGGUGAUGCUGGAGCAUAAGGACUGCGGGGGCUGGGUGCACGACGUGUCCUUCUCCCCCAGUGGAGAGCAGCUGGGCUGGGUGGCCCACAACAGCAGCGUGACCGUGGCUGAUGCUGCCCAGGGGAAGCAGGUUACGCAGCUGACCACUGACCGUCUGCCCCUGCUGAGUGUCAUCUUCGUCAGUAGCACAGAGAUUGUUGCCGCGGUAAUCGAAACCCUAUCAGGUCACGACUGCUGUCCAUACCAGUUCACCUACAAGGGUCCUGGUGCUCUGGAGUUUGUGAAGAAGCUGGACAUCCCCAAGCAGACCUCAAAGGGCAGCAUGUCCGCCAUGCAACACUUCCGCAACCUGGACAAAAGAGCAACCGAGGAAGACAGCAAUGAGCUGGGCACCCUUCACCAGAACAGCAUCACCCAGCUAUGCAUUGUGUCUGGAGAGAGGGCCAAAGUGGAGAAGUACAGCAGCGUGGGUCUGGAUGGAGCCAUGGUGAUCUGGACUUUCAAGGAUUGAGUCUGAAGAAGAUGGCUGUGGCCACAUGAGGGAACACACUCUAAUGCCUGACACUUUUGUUUGUGUACGCCUUGUUGAACAGCUGGAAAAUAUCAGAAACCUUCAAACUUUUUUAAGUCAAGAGUAAAACUGUAUUUCUUAAUAAAAACAAAUAAAUACAAAAUGCCAUUUUGUAAUCAUGUUUUCUUUCCAUUCUCGGGUUGCAGAUUACAUUAUUAUUUAAAAUGCAUUAUUAUGUGUAUCCAGUUACAUACUGUAUGUUUAAUGUAUUUUAUAAAGUAAAUGAACGAGUAAGCAAGUGAGGGAGGUGUCUGAUUAUCCCAGGUUUCUGUAGGACAGUUAGCCAAAACAUCACAA